UUCUCAUUAUUAUUAUUAUUAUGACGUGUCAAGCUUUCCCUUCAGUGUGAAUUGAGUGAUUUUAACUUUACAAAUGAAAAGACAUUUUCACAGACGUUUGUCUCGAGAUUUUUCUUGGAUUAAACGUGCAAACUGCACCAAAACAACAAUGCAACGGUGCAAUUUUGGGAGAGCGUGCAAGGCCGAGAAAGAGAGAGAGAUCUUGAUCGAGCUAAGUAUUCACUCCUCCUCCUCCUCCUCUUUUCUCUCCCUUCACUUGUUAAUUUGAUAAGAUUCAAUCGCACUGGUUGACCGGCGGACAGCAGCGACUGCAGCUCUUUUUUGACGUGAUGAGCACGCUUCAAGUCACAUUAUAAGUUUUUUUUCUUUCUUUUUUUUUAAUUGUCGCACAAGUGCACCCCAACUUGCCUUCGUUCCGGUGAGUCGGAUGUGCAGCUUCCAGGAGAGAAUAUGUACCAGGGAAUCAUGAGCACCAGCAGCACCGGCAGCACCGGCAACCACGGCGGUCACGGCCAGCCUUCGUACGAGGCCGCCGGCUUCCUGCACAGCAGCAGCUCGUCGUCGGCCACGUCGCCGGUCUACGUGCCCACCACCCGGGUGGUCACGCAGAUGAUCCCUGGGCUGCCCUACCUGCAGUCGCCCGGCGCGUCGCAGCCGCCGGCCUCCGCUCACUCCGGCUGGGCUCAGCCGGGCGUCGAGCCCUCGUACAACCACUCCCCGGUGUCGCCGCGGUUCACUUUCUCGGCGAGCCCGCCUCUGGCCUCGGUCGGGCCCAAGGACCAAGCGGCGGCGGCUGCUGCUGCGGCGGCGGCCUCCUCCUACGGUAACCCGCUGGGCAUCUCUGCAAACGGCCGAGCAGAGCACUACGGCGCCCGGGGGCUCGGCGGCGCCUACCACAGCCCCUACCCGGCAUACAUGAGCACCAACAUGGGCGGAACGUGGUCGGCGUCCCCUUUCGAGAGUUCCGUGCUCCACGGCCUGCAGGCAGGUGCUGCGACGGGCGGCGGGACUCGACACCCCAACAUAGAUCUUUUUGAUGACUUCGCCGAGGGCCGAGAGUGCGUCAACUGCGGGGCCAUGUCCACGCCGCUGUGGAGGCGGGACGGCACGGGCCACUACCUGUGCAACGCCUGCGGCCUUUACCACAAGAUGAACGGCAUCAACAGACCUCUCAUCAAGCCCCAGAGGCGACUGUCGGCCUCCCGGAGGCUGGGCCUGUCCUGCACCAACUGCCACACCACCACCACCACCCUGUGGCGACGCAACGCAGAGGGAGAGCCCGUGUGCAACGCCUGCGGCCUCUACAUGAAGCUGCACGGGGUCCCGCGGCCGCUAGCCAUGAAAAAAGAGGGCAUCCAGACCCGCAAGCGCAAACCCAAGAACCUGAACAAGAGUCAAACUGGGGCUCUAAGCAACGAGGGGACUCCGACGGCACCGAGCAGCACUCCCCGGGGCCCCAGCUCAUCCUCCUCCUCCUCUUCCUCCUCUUCGGCCGUUUCCGAGGAAGCCCGACAGAUAAAGACGGAACCGGAGACUCUCAGUUUGUACACCCACAACGGCGCACACUCGCAGAUCUCAGCUCUGCCCGCCUACAUGACGGCUCCAGGCGGAAGCCUGGCCCUCAGGAUGUCCCCCGGGGGUCACGGCGGCUCUUCGGGCUCAAAGGCCGAGCCGUGGAACAACCUCAUCCUAGCGUAGGACCAAGACGUGCGUGGGUGGGCCGACGGGGGCGGAGCGCUGUGACAAGGUUCAAUUUUGACAGAUGAUUGAAUCGCAAGGCUCCACGUCCAAUUCCAUUUGUGACACAAUUAAACAGGUCAGAGUUCAAUGUCCAGGUCAGUAUUGACGCAUCUACUCAGGCAAAGUCGCACACGCCGAAGGUGACGGGCGUCAACUACAGCGGCAUUUGUAGAAAAGUUGCUACGUUUUCCCGUUACGUGGCCAGGCGUUGGCAUUUCUCGUCACAGAAUAUCCAAAUAUUAUCUUCAAGUGCUUUAAAGCGAUAGCGAUUGUAUCAUCACGUCCAUUAUCAAGAACAUUUCGGUAUGGAGAAAUGACACAAAGUGGCAAAACUAAAUUGUUGCCUUUUUUGUACACAAAAAAUAGGGCCCGCCCUUUAUGUCAUUGUCUACUAUUUUGAAAAAAAAAUUGAUUUACACUCUCACUGUUGGGAUCCUGUUAUACAAUAGUAUUUAUUUCCAAACAUAGUGACAUAAUCAGUUCAUUAUGAAGCAGCUUAGUAGGCUCAAAGUUUCAUUGUGUAGAAUGAUUGUAGAGUAUUUCUGGUGGCAAGUGUGUAAAUGUGGUAUAUUAUAGAAAAGCCGCAACUUUUACUUACAUUAAUGUAAAGGCUCUUCACUCCAGUAUCAAAAGUUCAAAACAAAACAAAAA